AGUUGGUAUCGUCCAAUGUCCUCUGCCUGGUUCGGUAGCUGCUAAAGACGUUGGCUUGGCACAGAUACUAGAAUCAUGGUCAACUUCGGCGCAAUUGUGCGUGAAUACUGGGUGAACAUAUUGGUGCCCAUGGGCUUCGUGAUUGGAAUGUACCUGGACCGACGACAGGAUGAGAAACUGACUGCUUACAGAAACAAAAGUAUUUUGUACCGCAGGGAACUGAAGCCUGGCGAGGAAGUCACCUGGAGAUAGAUCACCCAGCCCUGGAAUGUUAACUGUCCCACUGUCCCCAAGCUUCGUCAUCUGUAAAGUGAAGGACGCUGGGUGGCCCUCAAGUCAGAUUAUUUAAGACGAACUCUUUGCUUUCAUUGUUGAGUGGUUUCAACCAGUCAUAAACAUGUCUUUCUCAUCAAAAGA